CUUGACUUCCCUCGACUGUGAUUCUCUGCAUAGCAAACUUUUGCACUAAGAGCUUGGAACCUGAUGGCCACAUCUGAGGAGCAGCAGCCGCUGCUUAGACCAAUUGUUGACGAUGCUGAGUCGGACACGAAGCAUGACGAGGUGAUCUUGGACUUUGAGGUGGGAGACCCAGAAAACCCCAGGAACUGGGACUCCAAGUUCAAAGGAUUGAUUGUGUUUCUUCUCGCAUUCAUGGCGUUUACUGUAACCUUCACAUGCAUCGGAGUCGUUCCAAUUGCUGCCAAUAUCGUCGAUGAGCUCGAAGGCAAGCACGCAAGCGCAUCGACGAGUGCGCUCCUCGUCACCAUCUGGGAGCUCGGCGAAGCCGGUGGACCUCUUCUGAUCGCCCCUCUUUCUGAAGUUUUUGGCCGUUAUCCGGUCAUGAAUGCGUGUAAUAUUGUCUUUAUCAUAGCGACCUUCCUUGCUGCUGGCAGCACAAGCACUAAUCUCCUCAUUGCUGCGCGUUGGCUUACUGGAUUUGCCGUUGCUUCAAACGUACUCAAUCCCAGCAUCAUCGGCGAUAUCUUCGAAUCCGACCAGCGCGGCUCAGCCAUGAGUUUGAUUUCGCUCGCGCCUCUUAUCGGCGGUGCAAUUGGUCCCGCAAUUGCAGGUGCGAUUGCGCAAACCCUCGGAUGGCGUCAAGUCCUUUUGAUGGCUGGAGGUCUGGCCGUCAUUGCUGAACUCCUGAUCCUGACCUGCUUCAGCGAGACAUAUAAGAUGGCUAUCCUCCACAACCGCAUUGCACGCAUCAAGCGCGAAAGUGGAGAAUUCAAGAACGAACCCUUUGCGCCCAAAAACAAGCAUGAAGAUCUCCGGAAGAUCUGGCAUGCGCUCACCCGCCCGUUUGCCGUCAUGUUCGGAUCGGGCGUGCUUAUGUCCCUCUCCCUCCAGGCCUCCAUCUCCUUCUCCUUCUUCUACGUCAUGAGCAUCAGCCUCCCGUCCAUCCUGCAGGACAGUUACGGCUUCAACCCCGCCGAAACCGGCGCCGCAUUCGUAGUCCUCAGCCUCGGUUCGCUACUCAGCGUGCUGAUGUGCAACGCCUUCCUGGACCGCAUCUACAUCGCGCUGCGAAACCGCUCCUCGAACCCAGAUCAGGGCAAGCCCGAGUACCGGCUUCCACUCGCGGUGCUCGGCGCUGUUCUGCUGCCCUUCAGCGUCACGGCGUACGGCUGGAUUGCGCAUCUGCAGCUGCCCGUGCCGCUGCUGCUCGCAUCGGUCGUGUUGCUUGAUUUCACGCUGCUGACCAACAUCAUCCCAGUGCAGGCGUAUGUCGUGGACGCGUGCGGGCUAUACUCUGCGUCUGCGAUGACGGGCGUGAUCGUGUCGCGUUGUCUGAUGGGAUACGGGUGGGGCUUUACGGUGCUGGGGGUCGUUGCGGCGGUGGUCGCUUUGAUUCCACCCGCGAUACUGAGGUAUGGGAGUGAGUGGAGGCAGAGGAGCGAGUACACAAGGGACAUUUAGUUGCGUACUGGGCAGCGAUGAGGUACAGGGUGAUCUGCAUUUACAAUGGCGUUGUUGGAUUUCUGUAAAGAUUCGACGCAUGUGGGAUAGACGGUCAGGACGUCUGCAUGUUGAUGAGACAUGGUUAGCGGAAAGAUGAUAAACAUGACCAAGCGAGGGUCUGAUGUGACUAG